AUGGAUUUGAGCUCAGCACUCCAAGUCCAAGGAAAAAAAUUCCUCAUUGCCGCUUUAGUCUUGUGCUUUGCACUUGUUGGGCAAAUACAAGGAGGUAGUCUUCGUGGAUAUUCACUUAUAACUCCCCAUAAAGAAUAUGGUGUUCCGGUGCUCGGUCCUGGUGGAACUCAGUAUCAAGAAAUCAAUCCAACUGCCAUUGAAUCAACAACUUCCAAGCCAUUUGUCAACGAUCUACCUUUCAUCAGUAAUCCUGUAAACUUUGAAUUGCCUGCAGAAAAGCCAACAAGUCACAUUGAGCCUGUGACAGAAAAACCAAAGCUUCCUUUGCUUCAACCAGGGCUUCCAUCUUUGCCAGCUGCACCAAUUGUUCCAUUGGUCAAUAUCGAACAGCCAAUUCAAUCUCAUAUUGAAUUGUCAGGUUCAUAUUUGCCACCAACUGCUUCUGUUGUCUCGCAGUCUUUUGAACAACUUUCUGCCAGCAACUUGCUCUCGAAACCAGAACUUCCACAUCUGGAACCAGGACUUCCAAGUUUGCCAGCAGCUCCUAUUGUUCCACUUGCUAUUGAAGAACCCAUCAAAGUUGACCAACCUUCUCAAGUCAGUGGUGAAGUAUCAAAUGCUUACUUGCCUCCAAAACCAGAGCUUCCAAAUUUACCAAUAGCUCCUGUUGGACAAAUUAACCAAGGAUUUUCAUACAUCAACUUACCUUCAGCUAUUGGAUUGGCACAUGUUCAACCAGCAGCUUCAUUGAUUCCACUUGCUAUUCCUCAACCAAUUCAGAUUUCGCAACAACUUUCCGGUGCCUUCUUGCCACCAUUACCACAGCUUUCUCUUCUUCAACCUGGACUACCAUCGUUGACAGAAGCUCCAAAAGUUCCACUAACUAUCGCCGCUGAACAACCCAAUCAAGCUGGUCAAAUAUCCAACACCUACUUGCCUCCCAAGCCAGAACUUCCUCUUCUUCAACCAGGACUUCCAGCUCUGCCAGAAGCUCCAAUAGUUCCACUUGCAGUUGAACAAUUAAUCCAAGGUGCUCAAGUUGAAGUACCCAACGCUUACUUGCCUCCCAAACCGGAACUCCCUCUUCUUCAACCUGGACUACCAGCUCUGCCAGAAGCUCCAAUAGUUCCACUCUCAGUUGAACAACCAAUCCAAGCUGCUCAAGUUGAAGUAUCCAACGCUUACUUGCCUCUAAAACCGGAACUUCCUCUUCUUCAACCAGGACUACCAGCUCUGCCAGAAGCUCCAAUAGUUCCACUCUCAGUUGAACAACCAAUCCAAGCUGCUCAAGUUGAAGUAUCCAACGCUUACUUGCCUCCAAAACCGGAACUUCCUCUUCUUCAACCAGGACUACCAGCUCUGCCAGAAGCUCCAAUAGUUCCACUCUCAGUUGAACAACCAAUCCAAGCUGCUCAAGUUGAAGUAUCCAACGCUUACUUGCCUCCAAAACCGGAACUUCCUCUUCUUCAACCAGGACUACCAGCUCUCCCAGAAGCCCCUAAAGUUCCACUAACUAUCGCAGUUGAAGAAUCCACUGAAUCUGCUCAAGCCGAAGUAUCCAACACCUAUUUGCCACCGAAAGCUGAACUUCCCCUUCUCCAACCUGGACUCCCAUCGUUACCAGAAGCACCAAAAAUUCCUCUCACUUUAAACAUUGAACAACCUAUUCAAGUUGAACUUUUUAAUAACUAUUUACCACCCAAACCUGAACUCCCUCUUCUUCAACCUGGACUACCAGCCCUGCCUGAAGCACCAAAAGUUCCACUUACUAUUGCCACUGAACAACCCAUCCAAUCCGAAUACCAACCACCAGUUCUACCAACAUCAGCUCCAACAGUUCAUGUAACCGAAUUUGUAUCCACUGGCUACUUGUUGCCGAAGCCAGAGCUUCCUCUUCUUCAACCAGGUCUUCCAGCCUUGCCAGCAGCUCCAUCUGUGCCCCAUAACAUUGAACAGUUUGCUACAAAUCUACCAGCUGUAGAAAUUCCAUCAAAGCCUUUACCAACUGAAAACAUCGACCUCCCAAAAAUUACUGAGAUUCCAGCUCUUCCGGUUAUUCCCGCAUCACCUCAAAUAAUUGAAGAAUCAAAGAUUGGUUAUCACUACAACAAACCUGCUACUUCAUUUAUUGAAACUGCCCAACUUGCCUUGGAGGAAAUUAAGAAAGAUCCAAUUCCCGAAGCACCGAUAUUUAUCAACAAACCUUUCUUACAGAAUCACAUCGUUUCACCAUCAAGUGAAAACAUUGAAAUUCCAAAACUUCCCGAGAUUCCAGCCCCUGUUAUUCCCGCAUCAGCUCAAAUCGUUGAAGAAUCAAAAAUUGGUUACACCUACAGCAAACCAGCUGCAGCAUUUAUUGAGGCUCCACGACUUGCAUUAGCUUCCCGAGAACCUAUAUUUAUCAACAGACCAAUCUCAUUAUCUAGCUCUAUUCAACCAGUUCAACAAAUUGCAGUUCAAUCUUCUAUUCCAGCUCAGCAGGUUUUAGUUCAACCAGCACACCAGGUUCAGCAAGUCUACGUUCAAAAUUCACUUCCAGCACAACAGAUUUUACUUCAACCUUCUUUCGCUGGAGCUCAGCAGGUUCAAGUUCAACCUUCCGUUCAAAUUGUCUCACAAACAAAUAAGGCUCCAGGUGUACCUUCCCUCGGAUACAUCUAUAACAGAAAUAACAACGCCGAAAUUUUAUUUCCAGUACGCAACUAA